CGGGCGGGAAACUCAAACCACCCUAAUGAGGCACCGUCCUGCUUACCCUGGGAGUAAUCAUCAUGAUAUAACAAAGGGCAGGGCACCAACGAUUCUUCCCAGCCAGCGCGGGUUGGGCGUUGGUGCCUUGUCCCAGGUUGCCUCCCCCAGUUCGUCUCGUCCGUCCACCUCCUUCCCGGAAAAAGAGAAGAGUCGAAAAAAAAAACCGGCCUAGGUCACACCUGCGCGAUCAAAUUUCUCUCUGCCCGCCCCUUGUGAUCAGGUUUGCCAACCCAGGCCAGCCAGGUCCAUCGUUCGCCAAGCCCGCGUAGCCUUGCGACGGACUUGGUUUUCUCUGGCCUCAGGAGAUUGUCCCUCGCACCAAAGACACACGGCCGCAUUCCACGACUCAUUUGUCUUAAAAACAAGCUGGUCCCGGCCCGUUCGCGACCCUCUCUUUGUUCGCUUAUCUCUGUUCAUAUCGACUUGCCUUGACGUCAGAAUCCCGCCCGUUGUGUCAAUCUCGCGCCUGCCUGGCUUGCCUUUCGAGAGAGAACCUGAAGUCCCUUAAAAGACCACCCACGAGAACCAGGGUCCACAGCAACAUCUCGUCCGCAUUCGCAACAAAGACAACGAAUUGUUUGCUUGCAACGACAACAAAAUGAGCGGAGGACAACACAAUGUUUCUAGCGGACGUGGAGGCGCCGGCAACUUCGUCGACUCGACAAAGAGCCCCAAGAUCCAGCCCGCCGACCUUGAGACCCCUACCCUGAAGACAAACCUGGUGACCACUGGCAGGGGUGGCGCUGGUAAUAUGGCGGCCAACGUCGACCCGGCGGAAACCCGUGCUCGCCAGGACGUGAACCCUGUCGUCCGUCGCGAAAGCCAGGGCGCUCAGCACUCCGGCCGUGGUGGUGCCGGCAACGUCUUCAAGGACGGGGAGGCCGAGCAAGCAAAGAACGCCUUGAACGAAAGCGCCAUCGAGGACAAGCAGCCCGAGAGUCUGGCGCAGAAGGGCAUGAACUUUCUGGGGCUCGGUAAGAAGAACGACAAGCAACAGGUGACCAAGUCCUAAGCCAGAGAACUGGACGCAGCGAUGGCAGAAUAGACAAUUUGGAGGGGGGUAGGUGUGCCAAAGUGAGCUUGGCGAUUGGGACAAAAAAACUUUGGAGAAGGAGGUUAUAAUGAAGAGGAUGAUGAGUUGGUUCUCUUAUACCCGCGUUAACAGGUUUGGCGUUGCGGGACGAUGAUGAUAAAUGACAGUCUCGGUCCUGAUGUUUGCCGGAGUGGAUAUUCUCUCAUGUUGGCUUCUGAUGCAGCGCUACCUUACAUGGAUUUGGACCGCAGCUGCAGGUAAUCAAAAACGGGCAGUAUAAAUUAUUCAGAGGACGAUGAUUGAGUCACCAGUGACCUAUUGACCCCUAAAUCAAAUACCAUCAUUUUGGCCCCCC